UACAACCUUUUUUUUAAGCUUCAUUCCUGAAUUAGUAAUUUUCGUAGCAAUUUCGAUUCGCUUGAUGAUUGUUUGAACUAUAUUCUCGUAUGUUUAAGAUGGAAAUUGGUACGAUGGAUAAUGAGUACGAACGGAUGUAAACAAAUCAUUUGACGUUACACAUUCCAGGAUGUCUUCUGAUCAUGUUGCCACAUGGACUUUGUCCUUGCCGGAUGGCAAACACAAGGUUGAAUUUGAACAUGGGACCACAUCCGGCAAACGUGUUAUUAUCGUUGAUGGAAAGGAAAUACACCGAGAAGACUGGAUGUUUAAACUUGUCGGGAAAGAACAUUUUAAGGUUGGCAGUGCCAAAUGUACCGUAUCCAUAGAUGCAUGCUCUGGAUUUGCAUAUGAGUACACGCUGGAAGUGAAUGGAAAGCCGCUCGAAAAGUUCCGGGAUAAUCAGAAUAAGAUCCAGAAAUGCUGGUGUUUCACUAUGGGGUCACAGAAUAGUACUCCUUUCCGAGUAGUUUUAGAGAAGGACACACUCAAUGUCUGGGUUAAUGGAAAAGUUGUUGAGACGACCGGCGAAUUCACAGAUGAAGGUACAGAGACACACUUUGCCCUCGGACAGACAUUACACUCGGCGUUUAUUCAGGCAGUCAGCAGCGGAAAACGGCGGGAUGGCAUCAUCCAUAAACUAUUUGUUGACGAUCAGGAAAUUCCACCUGCCCAUGAAUGAAUUUGAAUAAUAAAUGCAACUACUGUGAUUUUUCAAUGAUUUCAAUGUAAUUUAAUCAACUUUCUACCAUCAGUAGUCAAAGUAAGCACAACCCCUCAAGUCCUUGUUCCACAAUUCAUUCAUGUCUUGGGUCUGAGUUUCAGACUCAGGCUCAGAAAACUGAGGUCUAAAUUGUUUUAAAAUAUCUAUUAUCUAACUUUGAUUUAAGACAUGUGCCUGAUUGUUGAGAAGAUUAUAUAAAACAGCUAUAGCACUUUUGACAAUAUUAACUCCUGUAAUAGAAUUUUUAUACGCCCAUCUUACGAUGGCCGUAUUAUGGGAACACCCAUGGCGGGCGGGCGGGCGGCUCCACAAUGUUGUCCGCUCUCUAACUUGAACAUUUCUCAUCCAAUUUCCACCAAACUUCAUGAAAGUGUUUGUUGGUGAAAUAUCUAGAUCAAGUUCGAUAACCAGCCAAAUCGCUUUAGGCACUCCAGAGUUAUGGCCCCCUGAAUUUGUCAAAAUUGGCCAUUUUAGCUUUGUCUGCUCUCUAACUUGAUCAUUUUUCAUCCAAUUUCCACCAAACGUCAUGAAAGUGUUUGUUGGUGAAAUAUCUCGGUCAAGUUCAAUAACCAGCCAAAUCGCUUUAGGCACUCCAGAGUUAUGGCCCCCUGAAAUUGUCAAAAUUGUCCAUUUUAGCUUUGUCCGCUCUCUAACUUACAUUUCUCAUCCAAUUUCCACCAAACUUCAUGAAAGUGUUUGUUGGUGAAAUAUCUAGGUCAAGUUUGAUAACCAGCCUAAUCGCUUUAGGCACUCCAGAGUUAUGGCCCCCUGAAUUUAUCAAAAUUGGCCAUUUUAGCUUUGUCUACUCUCAAACUUGAACAGUUUUUAUCUGAAUUUCACUACUAUAAAUGUUUGUUGGUAUAUAUUCUUGGCAAAGUUCUAUAACCAGCCAGGCUCUUCAGGAUUAUGGCCCUUGAAUUGGUCAAAAUUUGCCAUUUUUGCUUUGUCCACUGUCUAAUUUGAACAGUUAUCAUCUGAUCUUCACCAAACUUGCUGAAAAUAUUUGUUGGUAAAAUAAAUCGGUCAAGUACGAUAAUCAGCCAAAUGCCCCGAAGCACUUCAGGAUUACUGCCCUUGCCAUUUAAGCUUUGUCUACUCUCUAACUUGAACAAUUCUCAUCUGACCUUCACCAAACUUGCUGAAAAUGUUUGUAGCUAUAAAAUCUUUACCAAGAAUGUUUGCCGGUAUAAAUGCUUUGCCAAGUACACACUGAUUGUCUCUUGGGUACGAUUAAGGAUGAAUUUUUUACAACUCAAUUAAAAUUUUGCUUUUCUGAGCUUGAGUCUUAAACUCAGACCCAGGACAUUAGAGAAUACAGGCCCAGCACUGAUAAAAUGUCUUUUUUUGUCGCUGAAAUUCUGGAUUUUCUAUAGCAGGGCUUGUGAAUUUUUUAUACUAAAGACUAGUGUAAUGAUUCUAGCUUGUUCAUCCAAACUUCUAAUUUCGAUGACUGCAUGUUUAUGAUAUUGUAGAUUUAAGUGUUUAUUUUAACCUUAAUUAAUUGUAGAAAAAACACUGAUGAUUUCAUAAUUACUUUUAAAUGCAUAAAAGAGGUUAUAUUUUUCUUAUGAUCUAGUUAUCUAUGUAAUGAUUUAAUUAUUUAUCUUAUGAUCUAGUUAUUUUUUCUAUGAUAUAAUCUUGUUAAUUUUCUCAUAAUAAUUAUGAUCUUUGUUGUUUUUUCUUUCUAGUUGUAAAAUUGCAUUUGAGUCUCUUCAUUAUUAAUUAACCCUUGUUUGUUAUUAUUUAGUUGUUUAUAUUUACACUGUUUUGUUUAUACCAUAAAUGAUUCUUGAAAUAGUUAUAUGUAUUUGUUUUAUAUUAUCAUUGUAAAAUUGUUUUUAAAGAUAGGAACUAAACUCAUUUAGGCCACACCAAUUUGAUGUUUUGUUCUUCAGAUUGACUACCUAUUAUUUAGAAAUGCACAAAUAUAUACAUGUAUGCUAGAUAGGAGCAGUUGCCUUAAAUAUAUGGUGUUUUUGGUGUAUAUGAAAAAGGAGCACUCAUCUACAAUAAAUGUUGUUAUUAUACAUAAAAAUUUAUAUAUUUUAGUCUACUGUUCCUGCUUUUUAUAGGGCAAAAUGCGAAAAGCAAGAAUUGGUUAGGCCGAAAGUAAACCAGAAGCUACAUAGUUAAGUUAGUUUACGGAUAUAUUAAGAUAAUACUGUUGAUAAAUGGUCCUUUUAGCAAACUAUAAUUUCAUUAUCACAAAAUCAAAUUACCAUUAGGAAAUAUCAGGGUAUUUUCAUCAUCUGUGCAUUUUAAUGCAGAUAAUGUUAGUUUUAUUUUUGUUUUGUUUUCAUUUCUCUUUUCUGCGCACGAAGCCCUUUCAAAUGAUAUGAGAAUAAAGGUUCGCCAUGCAUCCAAAAGUCACAUAGUUGUGAAAUGGGUACCUUGUGAUCACUGCUAGGAAUACAUAUACACAUACAAUCAGAUUUGACAACACUGUGUAGUGUUUAUCUAGGGUAUUCAUGUAUUUAAGCUUAACCAAAAAAAUGUUUCCUGUUUCCCUACCUACUGUACCCUAAUGUCUUAUCAUUAAGGUUGUUUGUUUUUGGUAAUUUUUUGUACAGGCAAGAUGCUUUAAUGGAUUGACUUGAUAGAACAUCCAGUUGACAUUGACACAGAUAAAACGGAUUUAAGUGUUAACUACAGCAUAACCUAUAAUAAGGAAAUCCAUUAGGCCACUCUUGAAAAGUUUUUUGUUUGUGGUUUUCCUUCCUAUGAUUGUGGGAUUUGGUAGGUAAAUUGCCUACCUAUGUUUUGGCCUUAGAUGACUUAAAAAAAUCAUUAUUGCUGUAUUACUAUAUGAAGUCAUUCUACAAUCAAUUUGUUGAACUUUUCUAUGUCUUAGAAACCUUUAUAAGACAGUUUGAGCUUUCAUUUGACCCAUAUUUAUAACAGGGUUUAUAUUCAUGUUUUGUUGAUUAUGUUUUGUUGUGCCAAUUUGUUUACAUAAAUGUGACUUUUUCAAUUAUUCUCAUAGUCAGAAUUUUUUUAAAUUCAUUUGGUUAGCAAAAUUAAAUUAGUCUUUCACUUGUUGAAAAUUUAUACUAGAAAAUGGUAACUUACUGUACAAGAUUAUCCUACCAGAUCAUUCCUAAAAAAUGUUAUUUUAUUUAAAUGAAAGAAUUUGCUGUAUCUAGGUUAUUAAAUUACCAGUAAUCAAAGGUUGCAUUUUUAGUCAAGGAAUGUGAAAUAAAACUUGUCUGAUUUUUGAAGAUUUUUUUUUUCAUCGCCAUAUGGGAUGGCGCGUUGUCCGUCAUCCAUGUGUCUGUAAACAAUUGCUUGUGAACAUGAUACAGUCUUCAGUUUUUAUUGUAUCUCAAUUAAACUUAUACAGUAGUUAGAUAUCCAUAGGAGAUCUAUUCCAAUCACUUUGUUAUAACCAGACAGAUCUGCUCAGGCAUGACUGGAUUAUGGUCUCAUUAAUGAUGUAGCCCUAUCAAAAGUUACUCUAAGGGAGACAACUUGUACAAAGAGUUGUGUAUUAUUUUAGUGUUACUCUCCCUAUGCCCUUUGUUAUGAAAUGGUUCACUGAAUGCUUCCCUUUGAAUGUGGGUUCAGUAUAUUGCCUAUUACUAGUAUGUUCACACGUUGGAUAAAAAAAGGCAUGACAGAAGAGAAAAGGCUCUCAUGGGCCUCUUGUUUUAUGGCAGUAAAAUGAUAGUUUAUGUUGUAAAAGUGCAAAAACCUUGGCCAUUACUGUACUCAAAAACUGUUACAGAUAUUUAAAAGGAACUUGUAUGCUGCCAGAGACCAAGGCCUGUAUUUCUGGCUUUAAACAGUAUUGAUUUAUCCCCCAUGUUUGAAAUAAACAACAAAUAAAGCAUAUAAAGGGUUUGAAUCUUGGUGCUUUUGUUUAUGUAUGAACGGUUACUAUUAUUUAAUUAUGUAAAAGAAUAGUUCACCAACCCUGACUAAUAAAGCUACCAAGGGUCUUUACUUUAAAAUGAUCUGAAAUGAAGUUAAGGCUUUUGCAAUUCUUUCAUUGUUAUUGUGGAAUGUUUUUAACCCCCUUAAAAUGAAACACAGUAUAACAUACCAUAUUAAAUAGUGUUUCCUUUGCAAUAACAUUUAACUGUUUAAUUUGCUACUUAUUUAAUAUACAUAUAUACUUGUAUGCUUGAUGUAUUAUCCUGUAAUUUGUUCCUAAUACUUGACUUUUUCAUUGUUUUAGUGAAAGGCUUAAAAUAUGAACAGUGUAUUGUAGGUUGGUUCAAUUUCGUGAGGGUUUGAGUUUGGCAAAUUCAUAAUUUGAUCAUUUUAAUCACAAAUCCAAAAUAUUGGUUCAAAACAAAUACUUUAGCAAUUAUAUCACUGUCAGCAUGGAGUGAAUACUCAACCUGGACUUAUGAUCAUAACCCGAAAAUGAAGAAAAAGGUCGGGCGAUCAAUAUAUUCUAAGGUGUAAAAUAUUUUUUUCUGGCUUUCUGCCCUCCAUUAUUAUUUUUUCUUUAACCCUUAACCUUUGUAUUGCCUUGAGAAAUAUUGUUUUUCAAUUGAUACUGAAUAGAUUUAUUUUUUUCAGCUAAAAAUAAGGUGUCUUUGGCUUUUAACAAUACCAGUGAUGCUAUUUAAAUACUGAUUGCAGAGAUGUUCUUAAGCAUAUACUUGAAACAAUUUACCUAUUAAAAAAAGUUCCCAACCUACUUACCCUAUCUUUUUGUGCAUGAAACUGGAAAUAUUAUUUUUUUAUUCCUAGUGGUACAUUCACUAUUUUUGACAUUUCUGUGAUCUGUGUUGUUGCUGGGACAACAAUAUCAUGUAAUCAUGUAAUCAGAUAUUAUAAAAUAAAACUAAACAUGUA